CACUGCUCUGCAUUAAACAUUUGUAAUUAAUUUGGAAAGAAGACAAAAACAUUUURACUUGAAAGUAUUUGUCWUUGCAGUGGRCAGGAAAUGUACUUGUGUGUCUAAUAAUUACUGCUGCAGAGUGAGCUCUGAGGAAAAAGGAAGGAAACACAGUCAGGCUAAUGUCAGAAGUCUGAAAACAUGAUGUCAGAGAUCAGGUGGAUGGAACUUGUGUUUCUUCAUCCUUCUAGUUAAAGUAACGCAGCAGGUCUGGAUGUGAGGAUGGGACACGCUUUGCUCUGCAUGCUGGGACUUUUCUUGCUCAGUACACUCUUCUAUGGACACACUGAAGGUCAGAGAGAUGAAGAAACAACAUCUGCUGAUGAAGCUGACACCUCCAUCGGUUCCAUUAAACCCACUGUGACUCUGCAACACAACUGGUCUCAGAUAUUCAGAGGUGAGACAGUCAGACUCACAUGUGGGAUCCGGGGAGGAGGAGGAACUCAGUGGGAGUAUAGAUGGAGACAAAGCUACAGAUAUUCACUAACAUCCAGUGAAAACUGGAUCAACACAGUUACUGAGUCUGACAAUGGAGAAUACAGAUGCAUUGGUAGAAGAGGCUCUGAUGUUACACAGUGGAGUGAUCCCUUCAGACUGACAGUUUCAUCAUCUAAACCCAGAGCCACAGUGAGAGCAGCUGAAAGAAUCAUAACAGCAGGAGGCAGAGUAACACUGAGCUGCUCUGUGGACACAUCUGAUGGUUGGAGCUUUGACUGGUUCAGACAGGAGUCAGGAUCUUCUCCUCCUCAGCUCAUAGAGAAUAAACCAGACAGAUACCUCACAGUCUCAGAGGGAGGUGUGUACAGCUGUUAUCCUGGAGAGCCCCGCCCUUCCUGUGACUGAGGGAGAUCCUGUUACRCUGAGCUGCAGACUGAAAGAACAAAAACUACUUUCUGAUGUGUUUUUCUAUCACAACAACAAACUUCUUCAAAAUGAUGCCAGAGAGGAGCUGAAAAUCUCUGCAGUGUUGAAGUCAGAUGAAGGUUUCUACAGGUGUGAACAUUCAGGAAAGACGUCACCACAGAGCUGGAUGGCAGUUAGAGCAGCUGUAUCCAGUCCUGUCAGCUCUUUGUCUCCUAUUCUGAUUGUUGGACCAGUUACUGGAAUCAUUUUCAUUAUUCUCAUGAUCUUAUUGUGGCGCUACAGGAAGUCUGAAGAUUUCUGCUGCAUUCGAUCCAAACGCUCAGAGAGCAGCAGUCAGAGCUCCAGCACAAAUCAGGGAGUCACCCAGACUGAAAGUCAAGUGUACAGCUCUCUGCUCCACGGUGAUUCUGCUGUUUAUGAGUCAUUACAAAGCUCCUGUGCCACUAGAUAUGUUUUAGUUGGAGAAGAAUCCAGUGAUGUUUCAUGCUCUCACACUGAACUGAGAAAAGUUGUAAAAAACAGGAGGCCUCUUCAACUACAUGAUGCUGUAUACUGUAAUGUGGAGACAAACCCUGCAGGAAGGUGGAGUCCUGCAGCAACAGUUUCUUCUUAAAUCAGAUGAGGAGCAGCUCUGGGUAACGAUGCUGUGGAGCUGCAUGUUGUGCUGCUUUAUUCUGCAGUUUAUUACAGAAGAAGGGAAAAGAAGGUAGAGAUACUAUGAUGUCAAAUAUGGAGACUCAACAUCGUAUCUUCCAGCACAAAGCACAGCUUUUUAUUUACUACCAGAGAAGCUCCUGUCAGUCAGACUUAGAUUGAAAAUGUAACAUUUAUCAAGUGUGGAAUAUGUGAAGUUUUGUAAUUUUUCAUUUCUAACAGUCAUUUCUUCAUAUAUUUUAAAAAUUAAUAAUCUAUAAGGAGUUUUUUGUUUCGUCUUAUCUUUGAUUUUAAUUCUGUAGUUUUAGAAGACUUAAUAAUUUGUCUGAUUGAUGCUUUUAUAGACUGUGUUUUCUCAAUGAGCUGUCAGUUGUUUUUCAUUUGCUUUUGUUUUAUAUUUGAAUGUUAAUACAGAUUAAAUGUUUUACAUACAGAUGUGUGUAAACUGUCACACAGUGGUUAGUAUGUUUCAGACCUCAAAGAGAAACAAAAACCCUUGAAACACAUUCGGUGCUCAGAUCAUUCCACAGUUCAAACAGAGAGAACUGAAGUGGAUUCAUUUUCAAAUCUGCAUUAAAAAGCCUGAACACA